AAUAAUUAACGCGGUCCAUUUACAUUUGGAGGGCCUUUAUAAGAAGCAAAGCAAGCAGUCUAGGGUUUCUCCCAUCGUUCUCAGACUAGAAGCCGCUACUGCCUCCUUCGCUGCCGAGACCUUCCAAACCCUAGCUCCAAUGACGAAGAGAACAAAGAAGGCGGGUAUCGUUGGGAAAUAUGGCACCCGUUAUGGUGCGAGUCUGCGAAAGCAGAUUAAGAAAAUGGAAGUAAGUCAGCACAGCAAAUACUUCUGUGAAUUUUGCGGAAAGUAUGCCGUGAAGAGGAAGGUUGUCGGAAUCUGGGGCUGCAAGGAUUGCGGCAAAGUUAAGGCUGGCGGUGCCUACACCUUGAACACGGCCAGUGCUGUGACGGUCAGGAGUACCAUCAGGAGGCUGAGGGAACAGACUGAGAGUUGAGCUGUCACCACCUCCCCUCUGUCUACUUUGUUUUGGAUAUUUUGCUUCUUUGUUAUGGAUAGAAAUUUAGUUCCAAACAAUUUUGAGGAUUUUGUGUUUUCCUUCUUAAAUUUUAUGUUGCAGAAGUCUAUGGAUGACAAUUUGUUAUGGUUGGCAGUAUCUUUUAAUUGAGAUGAUUAAUUUCACUGCAAUGUUUGAACAA